CCGCCGCCGCCCCCGCCGCCGCUAAAGGACGAGCCGCAGAUCGUGCCGGAGGUGCCGAGCUUCGGGGAGAGCCCGCCGCUGUCCCCCAUCGACAUGGACACGCAGGAGCGCAUCAAGGCGGAACGGAAGCGGCUGAGGAACCGCAUCGCCGCCUCCAAGUGCCGCAAGAGGAAGCUGGAGCGGAUCUCCCGGCUGGAGGAGAAGGUGAAGAGCCUCAAGAGCCAGAACACGGAGCUCGCCUCCACCGCCAGCCUGCUCCGCGAGCAGGUCGCCCAGCUCAAGCAGAAGGUGCUCAGCCACGUCAACAGCGGCUGCCAGCUCCUGCCCCAGCACCAGCACCAGGUGCCGGCGUACUGACCCCGGGCACGGACCGAGGGGUCCCGGGCGAGGACCCGGGGGGAGCGCCCGCCCGCCCUACCCCGGGCAUGGACCGAGGGGAACGGGGGAAGCGCCCACCCCGCCCCGGGAACGGACCGAGGGGUCCCGGGCACGGACUGAGGGGAGCGGAGAAGCGCCCGCCUUGCCCCGGGAAUGGACCGAGAGGUCCCGGGCAGGGACUGGCAGGAGCGGGGGACGCGCCCGCCUCGCCCCGGGCAGGGAUUGGGGGGAGCGCCCCGAGCGCCGACUGAGGGGUCCCGAGGGGAGGAAGAAGAGCGAUGAUCGCCCCCUCCCCUCCACCUCCCCGGACACGAACUGAGGGGUCCGAGGGGAGGAAGCAGGGACCGGCUCCUGACGGCGGGCACCGAGCGCGCCCCGCUCCCCGCGCACGGAACUGCGGGGAGGGACGAGCCGGGGAUGUUCCGCGCACGGACUGAGGGGGGCCCGGGCCGCCCCGCCGGGCCCCUCCGCGCCCCACACAUUCCAGUCGGGUCCCAGUAAAACCCCGCCACACGGAGAA